UGGAGUCGAUGCAUGACAACAAACAAUCAUUUUCAUGCAAUAUAAAGUGAAUAUUAAUUCAGUUUAAAUUGCUAGUGGUCCAUUCAUUACAAAAAUGUUGGUACCAGUGUUUGACUUCAAACUGAAACAUCGCAUCAAUCCUCGCAUGGUAACUGUUGGAAAGUAUGACGGUAUACAUCCAUGUCUUACUGCGGCAACUACAGGUGGAAAGGUUUUCAUUCACAACCCUCACAGUCGAACAACAAAAGCAGGUGGUCGCAUUGUGUACAGUGGCACAGAUCAAGACCUGGUUUUCCUCAACAUAAACCAGGCCAUCAGUGCAGUGAGUGCAGGUCGAUUGGAUCCAUCGUCAGAUGCUGACUGCCUGGUGAUUGGAACCCAAACUAAUGUGCUGGCGUAUGAUGUUCAGAAUAACUCUGAUCUCUUUUAUAAAGAUGUGUCAGAUGGAGUGAACUCCAUUGUGCUUGGAAUGCUAGGAAACAGGAACACACCUAUAGCUAUUCUGGGAGGCAACUGCUCUGUACAGGGUUAUGACUGGGAAGGAGAGGAUGUGUACUGGACGGUUGCUGGUGACAAUGUCUGCUCUCUUGCUCUGUGUGACUUCAAUUCAGAUGGAAAACUUGAGCUAGUAGUUGGGUCAGAAGACUAUGACAUACGAGUAUUUGAAGAGGAUGAGCUCAUAGCAGAGAUGACAGAGACUGAGGCAGUAACAGCAAUUUGUCCAAUAAUGGGAAGUAGAUUUGGAUAUUCCCUAGCCAAUGGGACAGUUGGGGUCUAUGAUAGGACUGCACGAUAUUGGCGAAUAAAGUCUAAGAAUCAAGCCAUCUGCAUUCAGAGUUUUGACUUGGAUUCCGAUGGUGUUCCGGAACUCAUAACUGGAUGGAGUAAUGGGAAGAUUGAUGCCAGGAGCGAUCGCACGGGCGAGGUCGUGUUUAAAGAUACAAUGAAGUCAGCCGUAGCGGGAUUGGUGACAGCUGACUACAGAAUGGAUGGGAAAACUGAACUCAUCUGUUGCUCUGUAGAAGGAGAAGUCAGAGGGUAUUUGCCAGCACCGCCUGAGCUGAAGGGAAACUUGAUGGACACCAACACAGACCAGGAUAUCGUCAGAGAACUUUCUCAGAAGAGGCAGAAUCUACUGUUGGAGUUAAAGAAUUAUGAAGAAAAUGCCAAGGCAUCUGCUAUCCAGAAACCUGCUGGACUGACUGCCAUGGAUGGUUCUGAUGUGGGAAUCAUACCAGCAAACACGCAGUUGCAGACGACUCUAAUCGUUAGGAUGGAGUCAGAGGUGGAGCCGACCAUGAGUCCGGAACUAACGCAGCAGCUCAGCAAACCCCAUAUCGAACUCUCCGUGACGACAACUAACAGCUGCAUUAUUAGAGCUGUGAUGAUAUUCGCCGAAGGAAUAUUUGAAGGGGAGAGUCAUGUUGUACAUCCUCACCAGAGUCGUCUAGCCAACAGCAUCGCGAUUCCCCUGACUCCACCGAAGGACAUGCCUGUUGACCUGCACUUGAAAGCAUUCGUUGGAAAUAGGACAUCGUCACAGUUUCAUGUUUUUGAGCUCUCCAGACAGCUUCCGAAAUUCUCUGCAUAUAUGCUGAUGGACCAGAAAGUCCCAUCCCCAGCUGGAUCGGUCACAUUUCACCUGAAUGAUCGUGCACAGAGAGUCAUCAUGUGGAUCAACCAAAAUUUCUUGCUGAACGAGGAUUUGGAGCUUUCGGGAUCCCUCCACCUGAACUUUCUAUGCAUCCGUGACAGCAGUCCUCUGAGAAUUUCAAUGGAGACAAAUGGACAGGUUGUGAUUGAAACGGACAACAUGGAGCUGGCAGGGGAUCUCAUACAGGGAAUAACUUCGUAUCUCAACAUUCAAGAUCUGCAGACAACUGCCGAAUUUUCGGAAGAGAUGGCCAGACUGAAGGAAAUUCUUGUUAAAGUUGACGAGUUCCACUCGGUCAGGCAGAAGUUGACCGCUGAGAUGGCUGACCACUCUAACAUUAUCCGCAGCAUGGUGGUCAGAGCUGAGGAUGCCAGACUCAUGGGUGACCUGAAAAACAUGAGGAAGAACUAUAUGGAGCUAUAUAAUCUCAACAAGGAUCUGAUCAGUGGGUAUAAGAUCAGAUGUAACAAUCACAGUGAGCUGCUCAUGUGUUUAAAAGUCGUCAACCAGACUAUACAAAAGGCCGGUCGCUUGCGAGUUGGGAAGUACAAAACACAGGUGAUAAGCAGCUGCAGAGGUGCCAUAAAAAAUAACAACGUCAGCAUGCUUUUCAAGGUCAUCAGAUCUGGUUCUACCUGAGCCGAACGUCAUAGUAGCAUAGAUGCCUAGCAGUGGUACAGAUGUACUGUGAUGUCACGCGGUGUCCACAUCCAACCCCUAUCAUACUGCCGAGGGAAAUAAAAGGUAGAAUAGUGGUAAAAAAUUUAUGUUGAGAGUGGGCAAGUAAUGCUGAUAGGGUCUAUGUCCUCCAGGGUACUAUCGGAGGGUACCCUGGGUACGGUUCGAUAUAUCGGAAAGUACCUCGGGGUACUAUACGAUAUGUCGCUGCGUACCCUGCAUUGUCCCACCGUACCCUGACUUUAUGCUCCUGUUCCU